CCCCCCCCCCCCCCCCCCCCCCCCGGGCGCGCAAAACCCUCCCCCUCCUCCUUCGGCGGCGGCGGCGGCGGCGCGGCGGCGGGCUCCUUCUCCGGCGAGGCCUCCUCCUACUCCACAAGAAAAUAUGGAUGUACCUGUUGAGGACCCUGUGGAGAAUAACCUGACUGGAACUCCUCCUACCCUCAGCGUUGAGGAGCAAGCUAAUCCUCGUGCUGAUGUGCAAGAGCAGCUCGAUGCAGAGCCAGAAAAGCCGUAUGAUGAGGAAUCCAAAGACCCAACGCCUGACGAGUUGGGGAACCCUGAGGAUGCCAACAUGAACAAUGAGGUUGUGGGGGAUCUGAACAAAGAGGAUCAAACUACCCCCAAGCACCAGGAGCCUGCAAGUGUCCAUGGCGAGGAAGCUGGGGCGAAGCAGCAGGAUAAUGCGGUGCCUGAUGAGCAGAAAUGGUCUGGGUGGCCUGGAGAGAGUGUGUUCCGCAUACUGGUUCCUGUCUCAAAGGUGGGUGCUGUCAUUGGGCGAAAAGGAGAUUUCAUCAAGAAAAUGAUUGAGGAAUCCAAAGCUCGAAUAAAGGUUCUUGAGGGCCCACAAGGCGUGCCAGAAAGAGCUGUAAUGAUUUCAGCAAAGGAUGAACCAGAUGCGGUGCUACCUCCAGCUGUUGAUGGUUUGCUUAGAGUUCAUAAAAGGAUAACUGGUGGUUUAGAUGGUGAAACUGAGCAGCCUCAACGAGGCACUGUCACUGCUGGGCCUACAAGGCUACUGGUGCCAGCUUCCCAAGCUGGCAGCCUGAUUGGAAAGCAAGGAGGAACUAUUAAAUCCAUACAGGAUGCUUCUAAGUGUGUUCUCCGAAUUCUUGAGAAUGUUCCACCUGUGGCAUUAAAUGAUGAUAGAGUUGUUGAGAUACAGGGUGAACCUCUUGAUGCUCACAAAGCAGUGGAGCUGAUUGCAAGCCAUUUAAGAAAAUUUCUUGUUGACCGCAGUGUUCUCCCUUUGUUUGAAUCACAGAUGAAAGCGCACAAUGUGCACAGAGAGCAACCUAUGCCACCUCCACAGCCAUGGGGUCCUCCUCCACCCUCACCCUGGGGUCAUCCACCAAACCUUCCUCCUGGGGGCCCAGGUUAUGCUGGGAAUCCACAGUACAUGCCUCCACGACCACAAGACAACUAUUAUCCUCCUCCUGAUAUGCCCCCUGUAGAAAAGCAACCACACUAUGGAAUUUCUUCAUAUGGACGCGAUGCACCUCCAACUGGUCCUCCCUCAGGGAACCAACACCAAGCACAUGGGUCUUCUCAGGUGACACAGAGCAUGCAAGUUCCUCUUUCCUAUGCUGAUGCUGUGAUUGGAGCAGCUGGUGCCAGCAUCAGCUAUAUCCGCAGGCAUAGUGGUGCAACAAUAAGUAUUCAAGAAGGUGCUCCUGGGGAGAUGACAGUGGAGAUAACAGGAAGCGCCUCACAAGUACAAACUGCUCAACAGCUGAUCAAGAAUUUCAUGGCUGAAGCUUCUCCCCAAGGCCCGCCAGCUCCUGCUCCACCUGCUCAACCAGUUGACACGGGCUACAGCUCUUACCCACCAUACGCGGAGCAUCAUACGGAUCUCCUCCAGGCGGCGCAGCUCCAGGCCCGCACAAUGGAGGAAGCUAUGGCGCCGCACCAUACCCGCCUAGCUAUGGAUACUAGUCAGAAGAAAAACCUUGUUUCAGAUCUUGGGAAGGGUGGUGCUUGGGUUUGUUUGCUAGUCGCCUAGUCUGUUCAUCUGUUCAGAACUCGAGGUCGUUAGGAUUUCUGAACUAACUUUUGGUGUUGUAAGCUGCUUUCUGACGCCAGUGCCGAUUGUCUUGUGUUACGAGUACCCUCUUUCUUUGCUCUGUCGUCGCGUGAACUUACCAUUGACCUAGUAUUUCUAAAUUCGAAAAAAAACUUCAGAAUUCCAA